CUUGUUGCUCAUUUCGCCGCUCAGUCGCCGACGGGUGGUGGGCGUUUUUUCGGCGGACGUACUCGCUCGCGGCUCAGCAGCCCGAUCGAAGAUAGCACCGGUGGUACCGAUCCUCCGCCUCGAUCACCUUCGCGCCGUUCAGCCCGAAAAAGAAGAACGCAGCAGCCAAGACCACGUACGAUGGCAUCCGCCGCGACCGCUUGUGUUGUCCUUGUGGUGCUGCUUCACCUUGCAGCAUGCCAGCAGCAGGGUGCCAUUCCGUACCUGCCUUCGGAUUUCAGAAUGAACGUGAUGUUCAAGUCCUGGUUCGAUGACAAGCUCUACUCCUUCACGGUGGCCUACACCCGCCAGGGCCAGGGCCUGGGGAACCGCCUGUACGUGUCCCGGAUGUCGCAGGGCAUCAGCUACAUCAAGCUGUACGACUUCGACAGCGACGUCCUCUACGUGGCCGACGGCGCGACGAGGCAGUGCCAGGUGACCAAGGGCAUUCCGGACUCCGAGAAGGACGACCCCUACUUCCCGGUGGCAUUCCGUGCAGCCGCCAAAGGAGGCAAGGUCUUCGACCAGCCCGCCUCGCUGAUACGCUUCGCGGGAGGUGACCAGAAACGGACGCAAGGAACACCCAUCGAUGCGGACGAGUUCAGGACGAACGUCACUGUCAAAAUCCAAGGGAUGAGCUACCUAUGCACCACCACUAUCGUCUGGAGCAAGAACGGUGCCGUCACUCCGAAGUGCGACAACAAGGUUGCCAACAAAGGCUUUUGCCCUCCCGUGCCACUGGAUGCCCUUGUGACGUGUGGCGAAGACAAAGCCAUUCGCUACACCUUCGCCGACUACGAGGAGAACCUUGACUACACCAUCUUCGAGGAACCCGUUGGAUUCUUUUGCGCCGGAGCCGAGAGGACGCAGCUUCCCGAACUUCCACGGGUGUUCUCGUUCUCGGCCGAGACCAAGGUGGCCGACAGCCAGGACAUCCAGAAAAGCAAGGUGUGGUGCAAUCUGCCCAGCUUCCUGGUGGCCCGGGAAACGUACAACGAAGAUGCGAACACGCCAGUCUUGAGGAGCGUCUUCGACUACGUCACGGGCAUGAAGUACUUCAUCGCUCCCAACACGGGCAAGUGCCAAGCCUUCGUGAUGGAGAAGGAAGAGCUGGAUAUCCCGGAACCGUUGUCCCUGGUCUGGGGAGCGAAACGCAACUACGCCUUUCAAAAGGCCGGAGAGAGACGCUGCCGCUCCUGGAACUGCGCCGUCUACGCCGGCAUGGACGACGCCAGCGCAGCUCCCGAGAAGGCCGUGGUGUCCAACCUCUACUAUGCCUAUGAAAACGAGUUGAAAGAAGCUACGCUUCCCGUUUUCAUGGAACUCUUCGACGAAGUCAAGGGUGGUGACGUCAUCGAGAGGCGGCACAUCUUCGAGUACGAGACGGACUUGAGGGACUGGUCGCCGUUCGACACCGGGGCCUGCUUUCAUCCCCACGAAAUCAAGAUGCUCAUUCUCAGCGUACAAGGAAACUCCGACUUUGGUCCCGGCAAGGGCACCCGAGACGAUUUGGCCAAUGCGUUCAGGAUACAGCUGAGACAGACCAUGGGCAUCGCCCAGGACAUACGACUGAGCCGCGUCUCCGUGUUUCCUCGGGGCAAUGACCGCCUGAUGGUCAUCGCACGCCUGCUGCCUGCGGCCAACACUGACCACAUUAUGGUAACGGACCCCACGGUGGACGAGGCUACCAAGAAGCUAAACGAGACCGUGAACGCGGGAAGCUUCAAGGUGUUGCUCAACGUCACUGGCUCCGACCAGAAACCCGAGUACAUCGCCACGCAGCUGACCUCUCGGUUCGUAGCCGCAGCACCCGACGCUUCGUCCAAAGGAUACUCUAGCGGAAGCAUGGCGGCCCUGGGCAUCAUGAUGCUUCUGCUGGGCGCUGCCCUCGCUAUGGGCGCGGUCUUUCUGGCAGCGCGGAGGUACCCGCGCAGCACCAUGACUACCAUGCUGCUGCAACCGACGAGCACCGCCGACAACUAGAGCCCCAGCCACCGCAUUACGUCACGUCUACACUGCGCGCUUAACGCCGUACAGACCAGAGCGCCGUGAACCAGAACGUAUCACCGUUCACACUUGACAGCGCAAGCGGCCGUGUGACGUGUCGUGAACGCCGCCGCGACGCAACUUUGUCUGGGGUGUGGACUCGGGAGAUUGUCGCAGUGCGCGAGACUCGAGAAAUACCAUUCGUGGGCUGCCGCGUCACGUGACGCACCAUGAGACUGUCGUCAUCGUCAUCAUUUGCCUAUACGCAUGCUCCGUCGCACCAACUCUGUGCAGUGCAGCGUAUGGGGCUCGUAUGUACCCGUCAAGCUGCCUUGUCGGCAGCCUUUUCUUUUCACCCCUCCAUGUACAUUGAUACAUAAAUACAUUGAUUGAUUGGUUGGUUG